CGCCGGGAGCGGACCGGGCGCAGGCCGGAGAGCGGGGAGGAUGCGGUUGCGGCUGCGCUCGGGCGCCUUGGCCGCCGGCUGCCUGUUGGCCGAGGCGCUGGGGGUCGCGCUGUUCCUCCGCGGCUUCUUCCCCCUGCCCGUCCGGUCCCUGCCGCGCGGGGAGGCACGCGCAGAGCCUCCCGCCGAGCCGGCCCCGCCCGGCCCAGGAAUAGUUUCCAACUGGACCAAAAUUCCACCACCACUUUUCAAAAAAGUUGUCAUUGUCCUCAUAGAUGCUUUGAGAGAUGAUUUUGUCUUUGGAUCCAAAGGUAAACAGUUCAUGCCGUACACUACACAAGUUAUUGAAAAAGGGACAUCCUACAGUUUCAUUGCUGAAGCAAAGCCACCCACCGUGACUAUGCCUCGAAUUAAGGCUUUGAUGACGGGUAGCAUUCCUGGUUUCAUUGAUGUUGUUGUGAACCUCAACUCUCCAGCUCUAAUGAGUGACAAUCUAAUAUGGCAGGCAAAAGCAGCUGGGAAAAGAAUAAUCUUUUAUGGUGAUGAUACUUGGGUAAAAUUGUUUCCAAAGCAUUUUGUGGAAUAUGAUGGAACAACGUCCUUUUUUGUGUCAGAUUUUACAGAGGUUGAUGAUAAUGUUACUAGACAUUUGGAUAGAGUGUUGAAGAGAGAAGACUGGGAUCUCUUGAUAUUACAUUACCUAGGAUUGGACCAUAUUGGACAUGUGACUGGGCCAAACAGCCCACUAGUGGGACCAAAACUUCGUGAAAUGGACAACGUCUUGAAGAAGAUUCAUAUUUCUCUUCUGUCAAAGGAAGGAGAGGCUUCUUUGCCCAGUUUGCUGGUUGUUUGUGGGGAUCAUGGGAUGUCUGAAACAGGCAGUCACGGUGGUUCUUCAGAAGGUGAAGUGCACACACCGCUGCUAUUUAUCAGCUCUGCUUUUGAAAAGAGAAGUGGUCCUCUAACCCAACUUGAACUUGUGCAACAAACUGAUUUGGCUAGUACACUGGCGGUAGGUCUUGGUCUACCAAUUUCAAGAAACAAUGUUGGGAACAUUAUAUUACCAGUUGUGGGAAGCAAGACAAUGAGAGAACAACUACGUUUCUUGCACAUGAAUGGGUUCCAGCUUAGCACACUGUUGCAAGAGAAUACACCUGCCUAUGAAAAAGAUCUUGGAUAUGAGCAGUUUAAGAUAGCAGAAAAGUCUCAUGGUAACUGGAUCAAACUGUAUCUAGAGGGGAAUAAUUCAGAAAUACUCUUAAAUCUUGGCAAAAAGGUCCUGAAACAAUACUUGGAGGCCUUGAGGACACUGAGUUCUUCACUAAGCAAACAAGUGGCACAAUAUGACAUGUAUUCGAUGAUGGUGGGGACUGUGAUCAUUAUGGAGGUUUUGCUGCUACUUUUUCUCAGUGUGCCAAAAGCUCUGAGCAGUCGGGCAGAAUUUGAAGUGCCCCUCUCCCCUCCGCUCUUCUCUCUGCUGUUUUACUUGAUGUGUCUGAUGCUGUGUGCAGUUCACGUCAUUGUAUGCACAUCAGCAGAAAGUUUAUGCUAUUUCUGCAGUAUGUCCUGGUUAACUGCAGUUGGAGUGAUGAUGCUGAUUUCUGCACUCAUGUGUGGCAUUUUAUCUGCCGUUGGAAAGAUUCUUGAGAAUUCCAGACUUCCACCGAAGAAUCCUGGUGCAUGCAGUUCCAGCUGGUCAGAAGUAGAUGUACUGAUCCUGGCUGGAACAAUUGGUCAUGUUUUGAGUUUGGGAGCAAGCAGUUUUAUAGAAGAAGAACAUCAAACCUGGUAUUUUCUUAUCAAUACCCUUUGUUUGGCUCUGUGUCAGGAACUCUGUAGAAAUCAUUUUCUUCUGAAAGAAUGUGACCUUCAGCUUGGCAUCACUCUGAAACAAAAUUUUGAUAGUAUUGGAGAAGCCUCAGAAUGCAAGAAUAUAGAUGUACAAGCAGCAAGUAGUUCAAAACUAGGCAAGGCUGCAUCUUCAGCUGAAUCUGUGAAAGGAUCAGAUAAGUGGAUAAGCUUAGCAAGUCCAUGGAUCAUUCUUAUUUGCUGUCGACUCCUUCGAUCCUUGAAUCAGACAGGGGUCCAGUGGGCUCAUCGGCCAGACUUUGGGCACUGGUUGACAAGUUCUGAGCAUAAGUCUGAACUCUCCGUCUUGGCUGCAAUUUCCCUACUUAUGAUCUUUGUUCUGGUUCAAAGAAGAUGCUCUCUGGUUUCAAAAAUUGCUAUGGCACUUGGGCUCCUGGGAGUCUACAGUUACCGGGCAGCCAUUGGAAAUGUCAUAUUUCCAUGGCAACAUGACAGCAAAGAUAUUUCAAAGGGAAUUACUGAAGCUCGUUUUGUUUAUGUCUUUGUUCUUGGAAUAGUCUUCACUGGCACUAAAGAUUUGCUGAAGUCACAGGUUAUUUCUGCAGACUCCAGUAUGAAGAGUACAGGACUAUGGGAAGUGUAUAGUGGAUUGGUACUACUAUCAGCCCUUCUAUUUAGACCACACAAUUUACCAGUCUUGGUAUUUUGUCUGUUGAUACAGACAAUGAUGACAAAAUACAUCUGGAGACCUUUGAAAUUUGAUGCAGCCCAGAUUACCAUAAUGCACUACUGGUUUGGCCAGGCUUUCUUCUAUUUUCAGGUAAGCUGAAUGCUCUCCCUGCUAUGGGGCUGGGAGGGGGAAUGCUUUUCAAAAGAAACGUUUAUGGAAAGUGUAGUGCCAACUAAGUCAUGGAGUGGGAGAAUUCACUGAGUUCUCUGAAUUAUUAUGUUUUUAACAAUGUUUCUGGUUAACGUUUCUGUCUCAGAAUCAGGGAAGAGUAUGUGCUUGAUAACGUGAUACGCUCAGAGCAGAGUUGCACAAUUGUCAGGAAUAUUAGCUAUGUAUAGCGUAGGGCUUUGGUCUGUUUGUAGACUUCCUAGCUACUACUGUGGUGGUUGUAAACUGUAAUAUAUGAGCUGAGUUGAUUAAUAACGGUAACAGAUACUUUUUUGUACCUGAAUCUUGAGACUUCCAAAACCUUUAGUAGCAUCACAGUAUAUCACAAUUGAAGGGAAUCUCUUUGUCAAUGUAAGGCAUCUUAGGAGAAUCAAAACUAACUGCUGUUCUUAUUAUAAUGAAUCAUCUUUCCUGGAGAAUCUAAUAAUUUCACUAACAUUGUUGUUUCCAUUGCAAAAAAGGUUGCAAUUACACAAAAACUUUUUUUUUUUUUUUUUUAGCAUCAAAGUAAGAGAGGCUCCUUGCUCUUCUGCUACUGCUGGGAACUUAAUGUAGCAGUGUCCUAAGAGAACAUUAGUUAAGCUGGAAAUCAUGUUGUUAGAUUCUGGUUUAGAAAGUUAGGCUUUCUGAUUUGCUGCAAACUUCAAGGUAAGGGCUGUGCUGGAUGUAACUUCCAGGCAUGGCUGAGGAUGUUAAACUGUAGUCAAGCUUAGGGUAUUUCACAUACUUUCUAAUUCUGUUAGUACAGUUUGAGUGUUGGCUUAACUUUGCUCUGAGAAUGCACGUCAGGACAGAGGAUCAUUGGUGGGCAUACCAUCAUUGUGUUUCAUCCCUUCCUAACCAGUUUUGCUUCUACCUCCUGCUCCAAGGAGGUAACAUUUCUUGAUUGAAUACCUUUUGCAUGUGUAGAGCAUUACAAUUCACACAGCCAAUUCUGAUGAUUACCUUCUGAGAGCAGCCUUUAGUGGGACUGGAAAGAGGCUGAAGGCUUCUGCAUACUGAGGUAUUUAACAUAACCAACGGUCAGAAAUGGUGGGUAGGCUGACAAGAAAGUCCUAACUAUGGAAAAGAGACUAAUAAAGAAUAAUUUUAAUGUUUUGUGAAGCAUCUAUUUUCCAGUACCUGAAGGAGUCUACAG